CAUCAUCUUGAAACGAAUGGCAGAACAACGGGCCAAGAUCAUCGAGGACCAUCCCAUUGGAAAAGGCCUUCAUGCCUUUCGGGAAUCGUUUCUUUCGAUUUACGACGGCGCCAGCAUCUCGCACACUCUGGAUGCUCUGGAUGAGUUGGAUCAGGAAGGUGAGGACUACGACCGGGGAUGACUUUGCCGUGUGCUCUAACUAUCAGGUAGAAGUCCGAACACAGCUUCUUCUGCUCCUCUCCGCAAUUCAUGUUCUUCCAGCUGCCCGUCUGCUCCGUUCCAGCCGCGGAAGGUCUCUGUUCACCGAAUUGCCAAAACUCAGUGUCGCGAUCGGUUCUGACGACUUCGACCUCAACCGCCUUACGCCUCUUCUGAAAGCGGCCCUUGCCGACACACCUGAUGACUCCGAGAUUUGGGAAGAAGUGUCCCAGGUCGUUGCCGAAUCUACACCGCCUCCGCGAUUGAUCGCAUCCUCCCUUCAACAAACGCCGUGGCUGCACAACACGAGCGGC